UUUAGAUCUUCUUAAUCAGAGUUGGAGUUGGAGUUGGAGUUGGAUAAAGAUUAAUUAGCCAGUCAAGCGACGCACCUGUCUUAUUCGAGACGACGUUCAGAUAAAGGAGACGCCCUGUUUGAUCAAUUCUGCCAAUGGUUUUUUUUUUAAACAUGAUAUGUUUUUUUGUUUGUUUAGAAUGAAAAGUAGGGUGAUUUGGCUAUUGGGAUGUGAUGAGAGAGUUACUAUCUGUUGCCAGUGGGUUCCUUGUUCUCCACCGAAAACGGAAGUCAUUUUUAAUCUUAGCUUGAAUUUACUGAAUCUGUUUUAAAAUGAAAGGAGCAGAGCAGCAGUGCUCGAAGGCUGUUGAAUUGUUAAGUCUUCAUCUUGGUCGCCAAAAGUGAUCAGGCGGCAGGAGAUAGAAGGAUUAAGUAUCAGAGAUAUGGAAUUCCAGCGUCGCCUGCUCUUUUCAGCCCCAGUACUCCAUUAUGUUUCUAUUUAACUCUUUCCUCUGCCCAAUCUUUCUUCUCAUCUUCUUCUAUUCGUAUGAAGAGACGCCGCGGAUUCAGGCUGGGGCGGCGCCUCAGCGGAGUGUGGCGGCGGCUCUUCCGCCGCCGUCGCAGGCACUACCUCCGCCUAGACCGCGCCGCCGCAAACUCCCUCUCGCCAGCAAGCCGCCUCUCGGUGAGGGCGAAGCUCUGCGACUGGGGCCGCCUCAUCGCCCGCCGCUUCGGCCGGGCCCCGCGGCUGGAGGAGGAGACGGAGAGCGGGCGGCCGUCUCCAAAGGGGCACCUGGCGGUGUACGUCCGGUGCGAGAAGGAGGGCGGGCCGCCGCGAAGGUACACGGUUCCCGUAAUCUACUUCAACCACCCUCUGUUCGCGGAGCUGCUGCGGGAGGCGGAGGAGGAGUUCGGGUUCCACCACGCCGGCGGCAUCACUAUCCCCUGCCCAGCCGCAAAGUUCGAGAGCGUAAGGACUAGGAUCGCAGCCGCCGAUAACAGGUUCCCAUAGAUACGCCCGUAACAUGACUGGACUGGACCUUUGUCUCCUCUACGGCAUUGCGCUUCUCUUUCGUAGCUAAUCAUUGCCAUUGUUUGUUGUCUGAGCUGAGGAUUUACUUCUCAGCGAUUUGAUUUUGAAAUAGG